AUGGCAAUAAGACACACAAAUGCUAAAAGAAUCGAGGGAUUGGACAAAAGUAUUGGGGUGUCCUUUUCUUCACUGACAGCAGACCCCUCUAUAGUGAACUUGGGACCAGGAUUUCCAGACAUGCCUCCUCCUCACUAUGUCAAAGAGGCUCUGGCCAAAGCAUCGACUGUGGACCAACUCAACCAGUACACCAGAGGAUUUGGCCAUCCUCCUCUGGUGAAGGCCCUCUCUAAGGUGUAUGAGAAAGUCUGUGGGAGAGCUAUUGAUCCUUUCAAAGACAUCCUGAUCUCUGUGGGAGGCCAAGGCUCCUUAUUCUGUGCACUACAGGGUCUGGUGGAUGAGGGAGAUGAGGUAAUUAUAAUAGAACCUUUCUUUAUCCUCUACGAUCCAAUGAUCAGGAUGGCAGGUGCUAAGCCUGUCAUGAUACCACUGCGUCUUAAACCUGGAAAGAAGAACAUCACUAGUGCUGACUGGUAUCUGGAUCCUGAGGAGCUUUCUAGUAAAUUUAACUCAAAGACAAAGGCCAUUAUAGUAAACACGCCCCACAAUCCUACUGGAAAGGUGUUCACCAGAGAGGAGCUGCAGAUAAUCGCUGACCUCUGUAUCAAACAUGACACACUGUGCUUCAGUGAUGAGGUUUAUGAGUGGCUCAUCUACAAAGGACACCAGCACAUCAAAAUUGCCACGUUACCAGGGAUGUGGGAAAGAACCGUAACUCUUGGCAGUGCUGGGAAAACGUUUUGCAUCACAGGGUGGAAGAUUGGUUGGUCCAUUGGCCCAGAGCACUUGGUCAAGCACCUGCAGACUGUGAUGCAGAACUCAUUGUACACCUGUCCUACUCCUCUACAGGAGGCUGUGGCUCAGGGUCUGCUGAGAGACUGUGCUCUGAUGGGGCAGCCUGACUGUUACUUCAGCUCUCUGACAGAGGAGCUCCAGCACAAGAGGGACCGCAUGGCGUCCAUUCUACAGGCUGCAGGGCUGACUCCAGUCCUGCCAGAAGGAGGGUAUUUCAUGCUUGUGGAUGUCUCUCCUCUCAACGUGGACCUAUCUCAUAUGGAGAAUGAAGCUUACGACUACAAAUUUACGAAAUGGAUGGUCAAAGAAAAGAAACUGGAAGCAUUUCCAGUAACUGCAUUUGUGGGGAAUGAAUCGAAAAAAGAUUUUGAGAAAUACAUUCGUCUCUGCUUUAUCAAGCACGACAGCACUAUAGAUGCUGUAGAAGUCAUUCUCAAAGACUUGAACAAGACAAACAAAACAAAACUUAUGCAAAAGAACAAGCGCUACACUCUUCAGGAUGCACUAGAGGCCAUUGUGGGAGAUGAUAGUGAGUUUGAGGGAUGUGACGAUAGCUCAGAUGAAGACCCUGAUGACCCUCUUUACAAUCCCAUGCCAAGACAGGCAGACCACCGUGCUGCCAAACACAAGAAACUCUCCAUGGACAAAAACAAGGAACUGAAGAAGGAACUGUCCAAGAACCUGCUGGCAACUUUGCAUUUCACUGACAGCACUGAUGCAUCAAACAGGCAAGCUGAAGAUAAGUGUUGGAAGAUCCGGCCAUGGUUGGAUAUGUUUCCUAAACAAUGCCUGGAUAUCACCCCGGAAGAGUACAACUCUAUUGAUGAGCAAAUUCUGCCCUUCAGAGGGACACACAGCCCAAUUAGACAGUAUGUGAAGGGCAAGCCCCACCCUUGGGGUUUGAAAAUUUGGAGCCGCUGUUCUUCCUCAGGAAUCCUUUGUAAUUUUGCAAUCUAUGAAGGUGGCACUGGGAAAAAAUCUUUACUUGGUAUGGGAGGUGAUGUUGUGGUCAAGCUUUGUGAAACUCUUCCAUCAGACCAAAACUGCAAAGUAUUUGCCGACAAUCUUUUUUCUUCAGCACCACUGGUGCUCAACCUUCUUCAACAAAAGAUCUACUUUGUGGGAACUCUGCGUGGCAAUCGCUUGGCUGGGUGUCAGCUUGAAGAUGAGAAAAGUCUUGCCAAAAGAGGCAGAGGAUCUGUUGAUGCCAGGGUGGAAAAAGAAGAAAGGAUGGUCAUUGUCAAGUGGUAUGACAACAAAUCUGUUACCCUGAUCUCAUCCUACUGUGCAGUUGAGCCUCAAGAUAACGCUCGACGCUGGAGCAAAGCAGACAAGGCAUUUGUGGAGGUCAGGAGGCCACACAAUGUGAAGGAAUACAACACAUUCAUGGAAGGAGUAGACCUUCUUGAUGUAUGCAUUGCAAGGUGCAAGUACCACAUGACGUCACGGAGGUGGUACAUCUACUUGUUCUGGCACACCGUCAUGUUAGGUCUGGUUAAUGCAUGGUUGAUCUACCGCCGUGACGGUAAACUACUUGGUGUCCACACUGAAACAAAAGAGCUUCCAAGCAGAGGUUGCCACUAG